AUGAAACUGAAAGUUACUGGACCAGGGAUUAAUCAGAUCGUUACUUUGAAACAGGAUGCGACAGUGAGUGACCUCAUUGAACAAACCGGUUUAGAUGUUAAAACGUUGAGGUUUGGAUACCCCCCUCAAAAGAUUGAUUUGCAACAGGAAGGCGCUACCUUGAGACAAACUCAGCUGGACGAUUUGGGUAUUAACUCUGGCGAGAAGGUCAUAUUGGAGACCUGCGAUAAUAACGAAAACUUCAGGAUGUCACCACCACAGCCCAAACCAAAGAGGGUGUUAAAAAACACGGAAAUGUCCAUUGGUGGCAAUGGAAAAGACGUUUUAUCAGUUCAUCCCGUUCCUGACGAUAACUCAUGCCUUUUCCAUGCUAUUGCCUAUGGUAUCUUUAAACAAGAUAAUGUUCGUGCCCUUAGAGAGAUGGUUUCCAAGGAGAUCUUGGAUAACCCCGUCAAAUUCAGUGACGCUAUAUUGGAUAAACCUAACCAGGAAUAUGCGCGAUGGAUAUUGAAAAUGGAGUCAUGGGGUGGAGCCAUCGAGAUCGGUAUCAUAUCUGAUGCUCUUGCAGUAGCCAUUUAUGUAGUGGACAUUGAUGCUGUCAAGAUUGAAAAGUUCAAUGAGGACAAGUUCGAUAAUUACAUUUUGAUUCUGUUCAAUGGAAUUCAUUAUGACUCCUUGGCCAUGAACGAACUUAAAACUGUUUUCGACAAGAAGAACCAGCCGGAAUCAGAUGAUGUUCUUACAGCAGCUUUGCAACUCGCCUCAAAUUUGAAGCAAACUGGCUAUUCCUUCAACACUCACAAGGCCCAGAUUAAAUGCAACACAUGUCAAAUGGCCUUUGUAGGUGAGAGAGAGGUUGCUAGGCACGCAGAAUCUACGGGACACGUUGAUUUUGGCCAGAAUAAAUAA